GGUCGAUGGGGCGGCAAUCCGCCAUCCGGCAAUGGAGACGUGUUGUUUGAUUGGAGACAAUAGGGCGGUUUUUCUUCUCCAUCCAAACGGCAAUCACGUUAAGAGAAAAUAGGUUAGGAACAACGAAUUGCGUAAUUUUUAUUUAAAGCUGGUUGUUGAGUUAAUCGCCGCGAUUAAGUUAAUCACUGUUAAAUCGUGGUUGCUUUAAUUAUCGGAACCAGCGGCCAGCAAUUCGUUGCCGUUGGUAUUUUUGUCUUAAUGCCAUCUCAGGGAAUAUUAUGGUAGUCGGUGUCUCUUCGAAUGAGCGCAGACGAUAAGAACGGAAAGACAUGGGUCGCACUACCUCCUACGAGAAGGAAAACAGUGUCGAAGAGAAUGUUAUAUCAAAGCUAUUCAUCAAGGAUGGAAACAGAGACGCAAUACUUGAUUAUCGCAAAUUUAAAGAGUGCUCCUCUCGAACCAACGUAACGCAAAGUGACAAUUAACAAUGGCUGAUGAUUGUCAAGAAUUAGCAGUAUAGGAUAGCUUGCGAAUAAUAGUAUCGGCGGAUGCUAGAUCCUCAAAUUGUUCCGGUGAAGGCAAUGCGGCUUACUCGCGCGUGAAGUGCGUUUCCGCGGGUACCGGCUGAAAGCUGAAAGAUGAUCGCUUGCGUAUUCUCUGCCGCACAAAAAUCGGUGGUUAAGCACUUUCGAGCUGACGCAUUGCUUAAACAUUUUGAUCGUUGCCACGCAGUAUGGCACGUGUUAGCUGUCUUCGUCCUGCUCAUUUUCGAUCGACGCGAGCGAAUAGAGCAUAGAAGCGAUCGCAAACGAUCCUCAUUAUUGGCGUCUCACCGAAUAAUAUUACGCGCCUCCGGACCGGCGCGGCGACGGCGGCGAGCAUUAGAAUUUUGGACCUGGAAGGAAGGCAGACAGAAAAGAAGAGUGACAGGGAAAGAGAGAGAGAGAGAGAGAGAGAGAGAGAAAAAGGAAGAAAGGGAGAGAGAGAGAAAGAGAGAGAAAUCUUGAUAAAUGGGAAAACGCGCCGUUUAAAAGGGCCGCUUAUCGGCACCGCUGAUCUCUCGGUAGAGAUCGUUUCUUCGUCUCGCUACACGUUUGAAUAAUUAAUUUGUUCUCGUGUGCAUCGGAUAUGUUAAGCGUUACACCACAUCUCACAUUACCUCGGCUGACCGCACGGUGUGUUUACGCUUACCCAGAAUGUUUAAGAUAACGGCCAGUAACCCGACACAGAUUUUUAAAUUACAAAAACGGAUUUCCGACCGUCUAUAUCCCUCGAUCCGUCAGAGACAUUUUACUCUCAAUUCGAGAAUGCUCGCAGGUCAAUUUUCUCUUCUACUUACAUUUUUAUCCGAUAGAAAAAGGAAUGUACCAGUUUGAUGAAAAAAUGAAGCUGACGAUCCUUUAUAGAAAUGCAGAGCAACGAAAAAUAUAACACGAAGUAUUUACUCUUGUUCUAAAGCAGAGGCAUGAAACGCAAAAGUGCAGUCUCGUUUUUCCAUUAAAGCUUUUACCUCUGUCUUUGGAUGCAUUAGUGACCAGUGCUUUUUUUAUACGACCCGAUGCCCCGACUCAUAUUUCGCUUCGAUGAACAAGCGCAAUCUUCCGUUGCAUUCAUACGAUACCCUUUGGAUGAUGUUUGAAAAACGAAGCUGAAUUUUGCGACGUAAGGAUUUUGGAGGUCGGAACUUAAGGAGGGACUGAGAGGAGAGCUUCAGUAGGCUUGUUCGUUUUAGCCGAACUUCUUGCACAGUUCAUCUUUUCUCCUUUUCUCUUCAACAUGAAAAAAGAAAAAGAGAAAGAUGAAUCGUGCAAUAAGUUCAGCUAAAACGAACAGGUCUAUUGACGUCGAUCGCCGUUCGAUAGCGUUCAAUGACAAAAUAACGAGAGACGAACCGGAAGGAGAGGAAUAGUCUUUUUUCUGCCGGGACAAGAAGAGGAGCACGUUCGUCUUGGCAACAUGAUCGUGUAUGACGGCGGGAAAACAUCAGAAUAUAAAUGCGAAUCCUUGCGACAUUCUCUCUGCUGGAAUCGAUAUGCUAAACGGAUGAACGAACGGACGAACGGAUACAUCGGCGAGCUGGUGGCAUCGCGAUCGAUAUACGGUCUCGAUAAAGGGAGGCACACCGGCCGGUCAGUCGAGACGAAGAGGACGAUGAAGGAGUAAGGAAGAAGGAGGUGGAGAAGGUGGAGAAGAAGAGGAGUCGCGGCGGUUUUAGAUCCGGUGAUAUAGGUGGCACGAUAUAUAAGCUGCUCGUUCGCUUGUCCGCGUCUCCGUGGCCGGGCAUACAUAAUCGGGUAACCGUUUACGUGACGCGACGCGGGACCGAGUCGAUCGGCGACGAGCGACAGGGCAACUUGGGAAAAAAACACGGCAUUUUGAUAGAAACGAUCGGCAGGGUACGGUCGGCAUAUAUAAGCCGUAGAUGGACCUCACGUGUGUUUCAGUUGCCCGAAAACCCUUACAAGUUCCGGACGGUCUCUCCUUUUCCGAGCUAGAGCGCCUUUUCUAGUAGCAAGCCCUUAUUUUACCUUCUUUUCUUUUCCUUCCUGCCCUACUUGCGACGCGCGUUCUCCGUUCCUCUUUCUGUCGUAUCCCCCGGGUUUGCCCCCGUUCUCCAAUCUUCUACAACCGGCCCGUCCCUUAGCCCUUCGGCUAUAGGUCUUGCAUACGCAUCGCUGAUGCACACACACGUGCGUUUACAUACUAACUAAAAUAUACCGAACGUUUAUCAUCGCGCUCUCCUCCCGAUCUCUCUCUCUCUCUCUCUCUCUUUCCUUCUCGUCCUCUCGUUCGCCACACACUGUCGCCCUUGUCCUUGUCCUGUCCCUUCUCGUCAGGAGUCCUCCUUGCCCUUUUUUGUCCGGGCUACCGGCGAACGCGCGCGUCGUCUUCUUCGCCCAGUAGUUUCCUCGCUCUCUCCCAUCCUUCACCCUCUUCCAACCCGUCUAACUCUUUUUCUUCCCGUCUUUCUAACUCCCGUCCUCGUCGUCGUUUCUGGCCGUUUUGCUUUUGCACAUUCUUGUUUAUCUCUCCUGCAACGAGAGCGCGCGAUCACUCCUGUAUACAUUGCAUUCUCACUGUGCAAUUGAACGGAGCGAGGACUCGCGAGGACACGUGUCUAUUGGCACGUCGAAAUAAGGAAGCUGAAGGAAAAUCGAGAGAACGGGAUAAGAGUGACAAUGUUGGAAUUGGUCAUCUGGAUCACAGUCAUCUGGUCGCUGGUCCUUCUAAUCUACUUUGCGUAUUUCUUCAAGUUCAACUGGGUGAAAGAUUUGAGAAGUGAGAGUAAAACGCGGCAGACCGGCAGCGUUUAUACGGCUAGCAAAAAUCGGAAGGUGGGUAAACUACCGCCAGUCUAUCCGAACGGAUGGUUCGCCCUACUCGAGAGCUCGGAGAUAAAAAGAGGUCAGGUGAAACACGUGUCUGCUCUCGGUGAAAAUUUCGCGGUGUUCAGAACCGAAAGAGGCGUAGUCAACAUUUUAGACGCGUAUUGCCCGCAUUUAGGGGCAAAUAUGGCAGAGGGUGGCCGUGUCAAGGGAGAUUGCCUGGAGUGUCCCUUUCAUAGCUGGAAGUUUCGCGGAGAGGAUGGCUACUGCGAGAGCAUACCUUAUACUGAAAAGGUGCCACACAUCGCUCGAGCAAAAGUCUGGAAGUCCUGCGAAGUAAAUCACCACAUCUUCGUCUGGUAUCACUCCGAAUCAGUUGAGCCUGACUGGCAACCCCAGCCGCACACAUUCAUUUCCAACGGGACAUGGCGCUACCAAGGUCGUAAUGAGUUCCUCAUUAACUGCCACAUACAGGAUAUAGCUGAGAACGGGGCUGAUCCUGCGCAUCUGGACGCGGUACACGGCCCGGGUAUAUUCCUCUCCGGCAACUUGUCCUGGCUGGCUCGACAUUUGUGGAUCACUAACAGGGGAUGGCAGCCGCACUGUUCGUAUGACAACCAGACAGACGAGGACGCAAACGCGGACGCAGAAACAGCGAAGAUGCGUGUCAACUUGAACGGUGCGUCGAUCCAUCGGAUCGAGAGCGGCAACGGGGAUCGUCAUCUCGCAGUCGCGGAGAACGGCUUCGGCAGAAGGGAGAAGCACAAAGCCGGCCUGCACAUGUGCCACAAGUUGAUCCUGCUGGAGCGCUUCAACGUGAUGGAGAUCAACGUGGUCAUCGAGCAGAUCGGGCCUAGUUACGUCGAGCUGAUGAUUGACACGUCGUUUGGACCUAUGUGCAUCCUGCAGACAGUAACGCCGAUCGAGCCGCUGCUGCAACGGGUGACCCAUCAGAUCUUUUCGCCGCCCCUGUUGGCGCCGUACGCCAAUCUGGUCUUUCUGGGUGAGUGCGUGAUGUUCCAGCGCGACAUCAUGAUCUGGAACUACAAGAAAUAUGAGCGGCAACCGAUCCUGGUGCGCGAGGACCGUGCCAUUCUCGCAUACCGCCGUUGGUACUCGCAGUUCUACUCUGAUCACAGUCCCACUUAUCAGACGGCUAUGAAGGACCUGGAGUGGUAGCGAUACCUCCCUUUUGAAAUUUAACUUGUAUACUUUCUGUUAUA